AUGAACCUGAUGACAGAAUUCUGUGUUACAGAAAUCCUCGAUGAAAGCACAACAGAAGACUCAAUGACAGAAGAUGACAAGAGAAGAAACUAUGGAGGGGUAUAUGUUGGCCUUCCAUCUGACGCUGUCAGUAUGGUAUCUAGUCCAACAAAGACUGCACGAAAAA